CAAAAACCCCCCACAUCUUCAUACCCCUAGAUCUCCCUAAGUUGGGGGUGAGAGAUAAUCGGUACGGUCAUGACACCUCAUACAAGGCAGCAUUAUCAUGAAGAGGUUUCAUUCAGGUCUCUCUUUAAAUAAACACUGUCUUUGGCAGGAGGAAAACAAACUUCGAGGAACCAAAGAUGUCCAAACCAGCAAGACGACACCUCUGCUCCCAAUGUGGAAAGAGUUUUAACCAGUUAGGAAGCCUGAAAGCUCAUGAGCGAAUACACACAGGGGAGUUGCCUUACCACUGCUCCCAGUGUGGAACUAGGUUUACCAGAUUAGGAAGCCUGAAAAGACAUGAGAGGAUACACACAGGAGCGAAGCCACACCAUUGCGCCCAGUGUGGAAAGAGUUUUAACAAGUUAGGAAACAUGAAAUCUCAUGAGCGAAUACACACAGGGGAGAAGCCUUACCACUGCUCCCAUUGUGGAAAGAGUUUUAGAGAGUCAGGAAACCUGAACGCUCAUAAGCGAAUACACACAGGGGAAAAGCCUUACCGCUGCUCCCACUGCGGAAAGCGUUUUAACCAUUCAGGAAAGCUGAAAGAACACAUGAGACUGCACACAGGGGAGAACCCUUGCAAAUGCUCAGACUGUGGGAAGACAUAUUACUCAUCACGGUCACUUAAACGUCAUGUGAGAAUCCACACGGGAGAAUAAUUACUUCUCCUAGUGUGUAAAUUAUAUUUAACAUCACAUUGACUUAAAAUCAUCAGAGAACAUACACAGUGCUCCCAUUGUCUUAUAUUGUUGACUGAGAAUGUUUUUACUUGUUUAUACCAUAUGAAUUGAAUUGUACAAAGUAUCUUAAACAUAUAUUUGUAUGUUUUUGUAGAAAACAUGAAGUGAAUAUGGGAUGUCAGUUUGAAUAUAGAGUAGAUCAGAUUCCUUGUGUUUAAAUGGUCCUUUUUUAAACUCUGACACUGUGUUUGUGUUAUCUGGGUGUGUCAUUCCUCCAGCACUACAGAUAUAAGUGAUAUUUGGUUGUGAUGCAUUUGCUCCAUUGUUUACAUUUGCAUUGUUGGCCCACGGAUGAUUUAAUAAAUUAAAAUGAUCACAGACUCUGUAAUAGAAAAUGGUAAUUGUAAACUCAGCAAAAAAAGAAAUGUCCUCUCACUGUCAACUGCGUUUAUUUUCAAUAAACUUAACAUGUGUAAUAAUUUGUAUGAACCUAAGAUUCAACAAAUGAGACAAACUGAACAAGUUCCACAGACUUGUGACUAACAGAAAUGUGUCCCUGAACAAAGGGGGGGUCAAAUUC